CAGUGAGUGGCAGACGCCGGGCCUACUGCUCCGGGUCUGGCUGAGCCCAGUGGAGCCGACGGAGCCCCUGGAAUCACCCGGGUCACCGUCCCUGAGGUGAAACGCGAGACCGGAUACCGAAAUCUCACGGCCCGGGUCGGGCCUGGCCAGGGGUGCCCUCGGAGCCCUAAGAACCCCUGAACCCAGGCCCGGCUGGCAGGGGCUCUAUGGGCCCUGGGUCUACACUGACCCAGUAAGUGGUGAGUUCCCUGAGGGCUUGGUCAGCUUAGGACCCAGGGUUCUCACUAACCCAGGGAAUCCCACCGGGGCCUGGCUGGGCAGGGCUUCACAGCCACGGGGUCUGCACUGACUGGUUGAGUGCCACCUAGAUCAUGCCUGGCUCCAGGACCAAGCAGCUGCAGAGCCAGGGCAUCGAGGGCUGGAGUGGAGCAGACACUGCCCAUGGAGCUGGUGGACAAGGUGGACAGGGAGCGGUGGUGAUGGCGCAGUUUGACACUGAAUACCAGCGCCUAGAGGCCUCCUACAGCGAUUCACCCCCCGGGGAGGAGGACCUGUUGGUGCAUGUCCCUGAGGGGAGCAAGUCACCUUGGCACCACAUCGAAAACCUUGAUCUCUUCUUUUCUCGAGUUUAUAAUCUACACCAGAAGAAUGGCUUCACUUGUAUGCUCAUCGGGGAGAUCUUUGAGCUCAUGCAGUUCCUCUUUGUGGUUGCGUUCACCACCUUCCUGGUCAGCUGUGUGGACUACGACAUCCUAUUUGCCAACAAGAUGGUGAACCACAGUCUUCACCCUACCGAGCCUGUCAAGGUUACUCUGCCAGAUGCCUUUUUGCCUGCCCCAGUCUGUAGUGCCAGGAUUCAGGAAAAUGGCUCCCUUAUCACCAUCCUCGUCAUUGCUGGUGUCUUCUGGGUUCACCGGCUCAUCAAGUUCAUCUAUAACAUUUGCUGCUACUGGGAGAUCCACUCCUUCUACCUGCAUGCUCUGCGCAUCCCCAUGUCUGCGCUUCCAUACUGCACGUGGCAAGAAGUACAGGCCCGGAUUGUGCAGACCCAGAAAGAGCACCAGAUCUGCAUCCACAAGCGUGAGCUAACAGAGCUGGACAUCUACCACCGCAUCCUCCGUUUCCAGAACUACAUGGUGGCACUGGUUAACAAAUCCCUCCUGCCUCUGCGCUUCCGCCUGCCCGGUCUCGGGGAGGUUGUCUUCUUCACUCGGGGCCUCAAGUACAACUUCGAGCUGAUCCUCUUUUGGGGACCUGGCUCUCUGUUUCUCAAUGAAUGGAGCCUCAAGGCUGAGUACAAACGUGGGGGACAACGGCUCGAGCUGGCCCAGCGUCUCAGCAACCGCAUCCUGUGGAUUGGCAUCGCCAACUUCCUGCUGUGCCCCCUCAUCCUCAUCUGGCAGAUCCUCUAUGCCUUUUUCAGUUACGCCGAGGUGCUGAAGCGGGAGCCGGGGGCCCUGGGAGCACGUUGCUGGUCGCUCUACGGCCGCUGCUACCUCCGCCACUUCAACGAGCUGGAGCACGAGCUACAGUCCCGCCUCAACCGAGGCUACAAGCCCGCAUCCAAGUACAUGAAUUGCUUCUUGUCACCUCUGCUGACACUGCUGGCCAAGAACUGCGCCUUCUUUGCUGGCUCCAUCCUGGCCGUGCUUAUUGCCCUCACCAUCUACGACGAAGAUGUGUUGGCUGUGGAACAUGUCCUCACCACUGUCACGCUCCUGGGGGUCACCGUGACCGUGUGCAGGUCCUUUAUUCCGGACCAGCACAUGGUGUUCUGCCCUGAGCAGCUGCUCCGCGUGAUCCUCGCUCACAUCCACUACAUGCCUGACCACUGGCAGGGUAAUGCCCACCGCUCGCAGACCCGGGACGAGUUUGCCCAGCUCUUCCAGUACAAGGCAGUGUUCAUCUUGGAGGAGUUACUGAGCCCCAUUGUCACACCGCUCAUCCUCAUCUUCUGCCUGCGCCCACGGGCCCUGGAGAUUAUAGACUUCUUCCGCAAUUUCACCGUGGAGGUCGUUGGUGUUGGAGAUACCUGCUCCUUCGCUCAGAUGGAUGUUCGCCAGCAUGGGCACCCCCAGUGGCUGUCCGGUGGGCAGACGGAGGCCUCAGUGUACCAGCAAGCCGAGGACGGGAAGACAGAGUUGUCACUCAUGCACUUUGCCAUCACCAACCCUGGCUGGCAGCCACCACGUGAGAGCACGGCCUUCCUCGGUUUCCUCAAGGAGCAAGUUCAGCGGGACGGAGCAGCUGCAGGCCUUGCCCAAGGGGGUCUGCUCCCGGAAAAUGCCCUCUUUACGUCCAUCCAAUCCUUACAAUCUGAGUCUGAGCCACUGAGCCUUAUUGCAAAUGUGGUAGCCGGCUCAUCCUGCCGGGGCCCCCCACUGCCCAGAGACUUGCAGGGCUCCAGGCACAGGGCUGAGGUCGCCUCUGCCCUGCGCUCCUUCUCCCCGCUGCAGCCUGGUCAGGCUCCCACAGGCCGGGCUCCCAGCACCAUGACAGGCUCUGGGGUGGAUGCCAGGACAGCCAGCUCCGGGAGCAGUGUGUGGGAAGGACAGCUGCAGAGCCUGGUGCUGUCGGAAUAUGCAUCCACUGAGAUGAGCCUGCAUGCCCUCUAUAUGCACCAGCUCCACAAGCAACAGGCCCAGGCUGAACCUGAGCGGCAUGUGUGGCACCGCCGGGAGAGUGAUGAGAGUGGGGAGAGUGCCCCCGAAGAGGGGGGAGAGGGUGCCCGGGGCCCCCAGCCUAUCCCCCGCUCCGCCAGCUAUCCCUGUGCUGCAUCCCGGCCUGGAGCUCCCGAGACCACUGCCCUGCAUGGGGGCUUCCAGAGGCGCUAUGGAGGCAUCACAGAUCCUGGAACAGUGCCCCGGGCUCCCUCUCACUUCUCUCGGCUGCCCCUUGGGGGAUGGGCUGAAGAUGGGCAGUCAGCAUCAAGGCACCCAGAGCCCGUGCCCGAAGAGGGCUCAGAGGAUGAGCUUCCCCCUCAGGUGCACAAGCACGUGACCAUGCCGACUCCGCUGUUCUAUUUUGCCUUCCCUAGCGUGCACCUCCUUCGGAGACACUCGGCCAAUGGGGCCCUGGGUAGGAGCUGGGAGCGGCCCUGGUGGGCGGGGCUGCUGCGGAAGAGAGCGGCUGGAGGCAGAGGCUGA